AUGGCCUUCGAAGUCCUAUGUAGCGCCAAAUACACUCCAGUUUCGGCCACGGUGAAGGUUCUUGAGUACUUGUCACUAAAUUAUGUCGGUGACAGCACCAUUGAACUAGACGGGAAACAUGUCCCGUUUACCUCUGCAAACUUCCUUCGACUAAUUCAACAAACCACCGUGUCCUACAUACCAGACAACGACAACGAAGAAGAGGCAUUCACAAUUGCUUUCAAUAAAGAUGGUUUCUUACGCAUAAUUGAAUUUUUCAUCUACAAAAUAAUGCCCGAUGGCUUUGUUGAGUUUUUCAGAGGUUCUUUUGACGAAAGGUUGAAUUCCCUUGUGCUUCCAGACAAUAUUUACAAAACUUCCGUGGUUACACUUGUAGCAUUUCAAGAUAUAAUAUUCCUGCCUUCGAUUGAACAUGAAGAGUUUUCAACAGGCAAACAGAUGAUUGACGAAAUAUUUCGAUCCGAACUACCCUACAGUUUUAAAAUUGUCUACGUGGGACACGAUCCAGAUCUUCCAAUCCAAAAAGUAGUUGAAAAUGCUCUAAAUGAUUCCAAGAAUGAAGUGUCAAUGUCCGCAUUUCCAAUGUUCUGGAAGCUAGGAACAGAUCUCAGACACUCUGAGACAGUCCUAUACGAUGGUAUCGUAAUGAUCAAGAGCAAGACUUCGAGUAAACCUGCUCUUUUUCAAAUCUUUCAGUCAAUCAGUGGAUUCAUUUGGUUGUGUGUUCUUGUAUCUAUCAUCUUCGUAGCUGUCAUCUUCUAUAUUAUUAAAUAUGUGAAUGAUAAACAGUCAAAAGCUAUGGGUCUUCUACCGAAAGAUUACAAUAUUUUGAUUAAACCAAAGCGGAUAGCGGUCGGUGUGCUCCAUCAAAUCUGUUGGCUCGCCUCGCUCUUCGUCAUCGCGACAUACGCCGCCUCACUGGCAGAUCAACGAUUUCAAUCCGAGGAUAGGGCGUUACAGAAGCUGUUGAACAAGGCAAAGAGCGAAUGGGAAAACGAGAUGUACUGCAAUAGCGUUGCUGAAGCCACAAAACGCAUUAUUGACAACGAGUUCGAUAUUCUCAUCGUUAGUCAACUUGAAGCCAAACGAAUACUUAGUGUGGAAUGCAAGCUUGAAAGAAUUGGGGCGACGGAAUAUCUUUUUCCCUUGGCAUUUCUACUUUCGGGUCCUGAACACUUCGUCAAGUUGAUGCAAAAGCGAAUCAACGUAGUCAGCAGCAAACAAAUCUUUGAUACUGUGGCGCGGAGAAACCUGGUCUUGGGUGAUUGUCCACUAACAACAGGGGCGAUUAACGUACAGGCAAAUACUUUUUCCAUUGAAGAAAUGAGCGGCAUUUUCUUCAUCGUAUUAGUUGGUAUUGUCUCCAGUUUUAUUGUCGCUGGUAUAGAAUUCAUUGCUGAAAAGUACGCAAUGUACCGACAAUGGCUCCGAGAGAGUGAUAUGAAGUUUGGGGAAGCCUACGAAGGUGAAGUGUUGGAAGUUAUGGAAUCAGGAGUAUGGAUACAACUGCUCGAUCAAGAUAUUACUGCAUUCGUUGAAACGGCAAAUGUUAGAACCAGCAAAGGCCCUGACGGAGCACCAAAUUUGGCGAUUGGAUCCCCAGUGAUGGCGACAUACAUAGGCAAUGAUCCCCACACGACCAAUCCUCUUUUCACCGUAUCGGAGGUGCCAAGAACACAACGCAGCACAAGUCGAGAGUCUGCCUCACACGAUUGA